GCCGAUUAUCUUACUCAAAUAUAAUCAUAUAAAUCAUCCCUUCACCUUGCACAAUAGCUAGUUCUUCUACAUAGCUUUCUUCCUAUAUACAUAUUUGUAUCCUUAAUCAUCCUUAAACAACAUGUUGGGGAAAAAGAUGGUAUUAUUCAAGAAACUGGCAAAAAAGGUGAAGGGUGUACGUGGAAUUGACCCUGACCCUUACCCUGCACAUCACGAGUGUUUGCUCAAGGAAUAUGAAGAAGAAUGUGCCAUUAACACACCCCCAACUGGGUUUUUUGCACUUUAUGUUGGGGAAGAGCGUCAAAGAUACGUGGUUCCGACACGCUACCUUUCUCACCCGUUAUUCAAGAUGCUGUUGGAGAAGGCUUACAAUGAGUUUGGAUUUUCGCAAAGGAAUGGCCUUGUAGUUCCAUGCAGUGUUUCCACAUUUCAGGAGGUGGUGAAUGCUAUAGAAUGCAACAACGACAAGUUUGACUUAGGAAAGAUUUUUGCAGAAUUUGUUUGAUGCGCAUAAAACACAAGAUAUUUCAUUUUUUGCUAUAGUCUGAUAACUAUAGCGUCUUUGGUGGGUUUUUUUUUUCUAGCUAUAAUGUAUCCCACACACAUGUAGUGCACGACACUCCAGAUAGGUAGCUUUUAACUUCAAAUGAAGUUAUUAUAGCAAGCAGAUUCAAUUAGAAUAGAUCUGACCUAUAAAGUAGCGAUUUAGUGAACUUUCAGCAUUUGUUUAUCUUUAUAGAGUUUGCCUUUAACUAGCUUCCAUUAUGUGGUCAUCCAAGAGUUGAGGCUUGCAGAGACAGAAACCUUCGCUUGUGUAUGAUUUUAUUUGUUUCUUCGUUGAAAAUUGCGUUGUAUUUAUAUCUUGCUUUUAUGAUUCUGGGGA